GAUGCUAGUGCAUGUAGAAGAAUGCCGAGGGCAGAAAGUAGUAAAACUGAUCAUGGGGGAUCACGAGGUCAUCGUACAUUACAUGAUUUUGCUGAAAGCAAUUAUUUGGCUGAACUCAGUUUUGUACGGACAAAUGUUAAGGCAUGACAGCCUUCAGAUACUUGUUAUUGCAGGCUAUCCUAUGAAAUCAGCUGCCUGCUUGGUUUGGUUUUUCUUUGUAAUUAUUCACAAAGGUGCCUUCCAAGUGUUGCAGCCAGGAUAUAUUCCAUAAGAAGCUGGAACAUUCAAGGAAUUCUUGUUCUCCAUUCCCUUGUCGCUCUGUCAAGCUGAAUAUUUUUGUCAGGUUCUGCGUCAAAACAGCAAUCAGAAAUUUCAUUUUGCACAUUUGUAUCAUUUAUUUGUACAAAUUGUUUUCAAAUUAUUUUAUUUGUACAUAGCAACAGUCCUUGGAUAUUGCAUGAACCUCAUAUUGGUUGGAUUUAAGUCCCCUCCACAUGUCUGAUGUGAAAGAUUACUGCUUUAUACAAACUAGAGAAUGCAGACCUGCCUCUGUGCAAGCUAAUUUGCCAGGUCGAUGUGUAUCAGAAUUGUAUGGUGACAGGGAAUAAGGUUUAUGUGUUUCUUCCUA